UUCAACUUUUGUAGUAUAAAAUAUUUUUUCAAACAGAAUUCAUUAAAAUAUUCUAAAACUAUGAUAUGCUGUAUUUUCAUAGGUCGUAGCUAUCUAUUUGUAUUCAUCUAUAUAUUAUUGCUAUGCGUGGAAAGUAUUAUCACAAAAGAUACCAUUUCUUCGUUUGUUAUCCCAAGUAAAGAAGCCAAUCACAAUAAUAAAAUACAUUUUAAUGAUCAAAAAAAAAGGAAAAUAGAAUCAAACAUAGUUAAACAUGUAACAAAAAAAAAUUUUAUUUUGAAUUUGCCUAACCGAUGUAUGGAAAAUAAAUUAAAAUCAUCUAAAAAAAUUCAAAAUCAAAUCAAAGUAAAAAAAAGGGAGUCAGAAUAUUUUAAAACUGAACAGGUGCCUGCGAAGUCGGUUUGGGAUUUUGGCGGCACUUGGUCGUCAAAACUGGCAGGCGUCCGGUUCGUCGUGGACACGCACAGCACAGUGGGCAUAGACAAUAGUAUACCCGUCAAGGUAUUAGACAUGCCGGCUGGCACGAAAUCAAACGGUUUCCUCAACAAGGAUUGGAUGGUCAAGGCCAGUGCGCAGUACAGCCGUCUCGGGCCGGUCUCGUUGUCUGCUAUAAACAGAGCGGACAGGAACGUCGCCGUGUUUAUCGGAUUUGUAAACUCUCAAAACAAUAAAGAUUUUGUUACUGGUAUGUGGUCUAUGGGAAGAAACUGUAAAGAUAAUUUGGAGACUCAUCAGUCAGUGUUUAACAUACCGGAUGUUCUGUUUAAAGACAGCAAUGAACAAGGUGAUUAAAAAUUGAAACAAUAUGUUAUUUUGUUAGUUCCUGUGACAUAACUUAAUAAGUGUCAGUUUUUAUAAAUACAAUCUUGAGGUGUUUUCAUUUAAAUAAUUAUAUACUUUUUCCGGAAAUGUAGAAACGUGAAAUAUUAAAUAGUUUUAUUACUUUUUUUUAAUGUAUGAUGUAAUCGUUAUUAACUAUGAUGAAAACAUUAUUUAAUUUAAUAAUUUUGCAUUAUUACCG